UAUCCAAAACGCUAGACACUAUAAAAACAAUCCCCUCCAAACUCUGUUCCACUUUCCCCCUCUGUAUCGCUAAUUUCGCCAACUAAUUCAAUUUUGAAACAAACACUUAACCAUUUGUAGAGCGAGAGAGAAAUUAAAAAUGGAGCUCACCUGGAGCUCGAUAACCCCCUUCUUCCCUCACAUAAUCUCCAUUCUCGCUCUCCUCCUCUUCCUCGAGCAGCUCUCCUACCUCAAAAAGAAGCGCUUCCUCCCCGGCCCCGCCCUCGUCCUCCCCUUCGUCGGCAACGCCAUCUCCCUCGUCGCCGAUCCCACCAAUUUCUGGAACCGCCAAUCCGCCUACGCCAAAUCCACCUCCAUCGGAAUCUCCGCCAACUACAUCAUCGGCCGCUACAUCCUCUACGUCUACAGCUCCGAUCUCUCGCACAAAAUCUUCGCCAAUGUCCGCCCCGACGCCUUUCACCUCGUCGGCCACCCCUUCGGUAAAAAGCUCUUCGGCGAGCACAAUCUGAUUUACAUGUUCGGCCAGGAUCACAAGGAUCUCCGCCGUCAAAUCGCGCCUAAUUUCACUCCCAAAGCGCUCUCCAUUUACACCCAUAUUCAGCAGACGAUUAUAAUCCAGCAUUUGGCGCGCUGGCUGCGUCAAUCGCAGCCGGAUAAAUCGGUGCCGCUCCGGAUUUUGUGCCGAGAUAUGAAUCUCGAGACCUCGCAGACGGUUUUCGUCGGGCCUUAUCUCGAUGAAUCCGCGCGGGAGCGGUUUAACGUCGAUUACAACUUUUUUAACAUUGGAUUGAUGAAGCUGCCGAUCGAUCUUCCUGGAUUUGCCUUCCGCAACGCGCGGCUUGCGGUUGGGAGACUGAUUGAGACGCUCGGAACCUGUGCGGCGGCGAGUGAGCGGCGGAUGGAGGCGAAAGAGGAGGAGCCGUCGUGUUUGAUCGAUUUCUGGAUGCAGGAGAAUCUGCGGUUGGCGGCGGAGAAGGAGGAGGAGGACGAGUGCAGCCACCGCGAAAUCGGCGGUCACCUCUUCGAUUUCCUCUUCGCCGCGCAGGACGCCUCCACUUCCUCGCUGCUCUGGGCGGUGGCGCUGCUCGACUCGCAUCCGCAGGUACUCGCACGAGUGAGGGAGGAGGUCUCGCGGCACUGGUCGCCGGAGAGCGGCGCCGCGAUCAGCGGCGACCAGCUCCGAGAGAUGAAGUUCACCGAAGCGGUGGCGCGUGAGGUCGUGAGGAUCAGAGCGCCGGCGACGAUGGUGCCGCACAUCGCCGGCGUUGACUUUCCAUUGACCGAGACUUACACCGUGCCGAAGGGCACAAUCGUGUUUCCAUCUGUCUUCGACUCAUCUUUCCAGGGAUUCACCGAACCGGAGAAGUUCGACCCGGACCGGUUCAUGGAGCACAGGCAGGAGGACCGGGUUUAUAAGAAGAACUUUUUAGCGUUCGGGUCCGGGGCCCACCAGUGUGUGGGGCAGAGAUACGCGAUCAAUCAUCUGAUGUUAUUCAUCGCGAUAUUCACUUCGCUGAUUGAUUUCAAAAGGGAUAGAUCCGACGGCUGUGAUGAGAUCGCUUAUGUUCCAACAAUUGUGCCGAAAGAUGAUUGCAGGGUUUUCCUGUUGCCGCGAUGCAGUGGAUUCUUCCCGCCUUCGUAUUGAGUCAUCGGGAAUGCCCUUAUUUUUAAGGGACGUGGGUGUGCUGGGGGAUAAAAUUAUCUUUGGAAAAAAACAAAAAAAUAUUUAAAAUUAUGUUUUCGGUUUGAUUUAUUUAUUGGUGAAAUAAUUGGGUGAUUUGAUUGGGUGGCAAAUAUUCAGGGUGUUCGUUGCGGGGGUCUGUUAUUGUUAUUGUAAUUGUCAUUAUGUUGACCGCUGUUAAUUUAAUUUUUCAAUUUUUAUUCAAUGGAAUUCAACCAUUUUUUAGGAA